GCCGCCAUGGCAACCGCCGGGGCGCGCCGGAAGUGAGGCGCGGCCGCUUCCGCCCGGCACGAAGAUGGCGGCGGGCGCUGCGGAGCUGCGGCGGUUGCAGUGGCGGCUGGAGGAGCUGGAGCAGCGCGUCGGCCUCGGCGGCGAGGGAUGCGGGCCGCGGAAGGUGGCGGACGAGCUGGUGAAGGUGCAGGUGGCCCUGAAUAAUAUCGCCGGCAAGAGGGAGAGGAUCAAAAUCCUGUUUAAGAAAAUUGAAGAUGUAAUAAAGUACCUUGACCCCCAGUACAUUGACAGGAUGGCUGUUCCAGACGCUAUGAAGCUGCAGUUCAUCUUGGCAGAGGAACAGGCUAUUCCUGCCCGUGCAGCCCUUCUAGAGCAGGUGAAGAACCUCCAGCCAAUCUUGGACAGCACCAGUAUCCAAGCUGUUCCUGACCAUGCAGCCAAACUGCAGCGGCUCUCACAGAUCCACAUACAACAGCAGGAGAAGCGUCAUGAUCUCACUGACAGUGUCAAGACACUCCUUGAGGAUUACAACAAAAUGACCCUGCUUCUCUCUAAGCAGUUUGUGCAGUGGAAUGAAAUCCUGACACGUCUGGAAGCGGCCAAGCAAGCGAAACCUGUGGCAGAGUGAUGGCAGAGCUGGGAGCGUGGCGUGCCCUGUGGCACAGCUUGCAUCCCGCUGGUCCCAGCUCCUUCCCGCUUGGCGUGAGCAUGCUGGAGUGACAUGGCAGGAUCCUGGGGCACCCAGCUCUGCUCAGAGCUGUGCCAGACCCCAGGCAAAGCCACGCUUGCUCCUUAAUCUGCCACUGUUUGCAAAUCUUCCACUUCUCUGAAAUGCAUCUUGGUUUUAACAUACUUUAAAACCCCUUUCUGUGCUGCCUGUGGUGGAUCAUAGUAAAGUCAUGGAACGCUAAA